CUGGAUCUUGUGUUUUGCAGUGAGGGGCUACUGGGCACUGUUUAUACUCCACUCCCACCGCUUUAAAAAGGACGACUCAUGCGCUGGACGAACACUCGGAUUUUUCCUCUAGAAGUUACAGAAGAAUGAAAAAGCGCGAAAGCAUGAAUUCCGGCUUUGUUAUGGACAUUGUCGAGCUAGAGUCGUUUGUGAACAGCCCUCCUCGCGGAUUCUUUGUGGAGAGUCGCGCGGACUGCAGAGUCGUGAAGUGGGAUCCGGAGAACAGCUGCGUGUUCAUCGAUGAAAUCCAGUCUAGCGAGGGGAAGGUGAUUUUCUGUAAUUCUCCAGGAAGGAAAGUCAUUGUACGCACUUUGGGAGAGUACACAGAUUUGAGACGCCAGCUAACCUCAAAAACAACAUACAUCCUGGUGUCCGCAUGUGAGAAAACAAAUGUCAAAGAAAAGAGAAAAAAAUAUGUUACAGCUCUUGGAUAUUAUGUGGUGGCGAUCAACGGCAGUCAUCCAAUGAUCAGAUGGGAGAUAGAGAGAGGCUUAGACAUGACUAUUUCAUCUGUUGCUGGAGAGAGCUAUUCAGUUGAUGUUGAUGUUAGUGCUGCACUACAGGGAUGGGUCGGUGAGAGCUUUCAAAUCCUUGAUGAUGGAGAAAAGGUGAAACCCAUAUGGAAAGACACACAUUUCAUCAUCGAGUACUGUUCCGACGCCCUUUUUGACUUUCCCUACUGGUUCGGCUUUAGCAAACGACAGUUCACGGUCUCUUACCAUGGAAGAGGAGAUCAACAUCCAAAAUUUUGUGUGAAACCGCAAAUAUCUACUAAAAAACAGGAUUCAGCAUGUGGAAAUUGAAGCACCAGAUGAGGAGCCCGUUAAAACACCUUAAAGGACUGUUUUAUUUUCAAUAAGUCUUUAUUAUGU